AGAUGAUUCAUAAUGUAUCUCUGCCCUUGGCCAGAGAGCGACGAGUGUCACAAAAUCCUUGAAAGCACCAAAUAACUGAGCGUUUCAGUUCCCACAUCGCUGUCAGCCUCUGGUAGCUGCUCCACGUGCUGAUGCAUCCAGCCUGAACCUUGGAGUCGUCGCGGUGAGGGGCCUGAGCAUGUGAGGACGAUGGCUGGAACUGUAGUCUGUGUUGGGACUUUCAGUGCUGUGAAGACGCUUUGGGAAGUGAGAAUACACAAGAUAAAUGAAGAGUUACAGAAAGAAAAGGAAUUCAGAGAGAGGUCUGCAGGAAGGCUACUGCUUGUCUGGGAGGAGAGAGCUGCUUUAGCAAGGCUCAAAGAAAAAGUUAUUCAUGAAGAUGGAAGGGCAAUUUUAAAGAUAGAGGAAGAAGAGUGGAAGACACUGCCUUCGUGCUUGCUGAAGCUAGCCCACCUCCAGGAAUGGCAGCUCCACAGGACUGGUUUGCUGAAGAUUCCUCAGUUCAUUGGAAGGUUUCACAACCUUGUUGUUCUGGAUCUGUCCAGGAACUCAAUUGAAAGUGUACCUAAAGAAAUCGGCCAGCUGACCGGCCUCCAAGAGCUGCUGCUGAGUUACAACAGGAUAAAGUCUGUUCCUAAGGAAAUUAGCAGCUGCGUCAGUCUGGAAAGGUUGGAACUGGCUGUCAACAGGAGUAUCUGUGACCUUCCUCCUCAGCUCAGUGAGUUGAAGAAGCUUUCACAUAUAGAUCUGUGCAUGAAUCAGUUCACUACCAUCCCUUCGGCUCUUCUCAACAUGCCAAGCCUAGAAUGGUUAGAUAUGGGAGGAAAUAAACUCCAGGAGCUUCCUGAUGCAAUUGACAGAAUGGAAAAUCUCCACACUUUAUGGCUCCAAAGGAACGAGAUAAACUCUCUGCCACAAACCAUUGGCAACAUGAAAAACCUGAGUACUCUUGUUCUUAGCAACAACAAACUUAAGGAUAUCCCAGCUUGUAUGAAAGACCUGACAAAUCUGAGAUUUGUCAACUUCAGAGACAACCCCCUGGAGUUAGAGGUAACACUCCCUCCCUGUGAGAAUGCAGAAGAGGAGGAGCAACAGGAAAUGUUUGGCCUUGAGUUCAUGCACGUGUACAUCCAGGAGUCACUCAAGAGAACAGGAAACCUGGAAAGUUGUACUGCUGGUCCUUCUCCUGUCAUAAGUGACAAUGAAUAA